ACAGCCUGGAGUUAUUUUAGCUUAGCAUAAAGAUUGGAAACAGGGGGGAAAGCUAGCAUGGCUGGACCUAAGGAAACAGGCUAACGUUAAUCUUUGAUGUCCUGUUGACCCAGGAGUUACCCGAAAACGAGUCGUAACUCAACCCUCUCCAGAGUCUGAAGAUGAAGAUCGCCGUGCUGGGAGCCACUGGGCAGACUGGACAGUAUCUGGUCAACCAGGCGCUACAGCAGGGUCACACAGUCACCGCCAUCGUCAGGAACCCGGGAAAACUCAGCUUGCGUCAUGAUAAUCUCAAGAUGGUGGAAGCUGAUAUUUUCUCAGCAGACAGCCUGAAGACUCACUUCAAAGGACAGGAUGUGAUCAUGUCCUGCCUCGGCUUCCCGGUCUCCUUCUUCUCGGUGGUGACGGGCUACACACUGUCCAUGAACAGUGUGAUCAGCGCCAUGCAGGAGUCCGGGGUCAACAGGAUCAUCACCAUGACCUCAUGGUUCACUGGGCCUAACUCUACAAGGCAGUCACCUUAUGUCAUCCGGUUCCUCCUGUUGCCAAUAAUCCGAGGCGUCCUCAACAACAUGCAUGAGAUGGAAAAGCUUCUGGAGACGUCUGAGGACAUCAACUGGACUGUGGUUCGCCCACCUGGUCUAAAGAACCUGCCGGCCUCAGCUCAGGAGUUUCUGACCCAUGAGGGAUACUUUGUGCCCAACAGCGGUGGUAAUGCAGUGGGAAGAGGAGACGUGGCUCGCUUCAUGCUCUCUCUACUCAACAGCAAUGCCUGGGUCAAGAAGGGAGUCGCCAUUACUACCAGAUGAGAAAAAAAAGACGCCAAUAAUGGCAUUAAUGAAGGGUCGGUUCAGCCAAAAAACACCAAUCUCGUGUGAUAUCUUUUGAAAUUGUCGAGGUUUUGAGAUAUGGACGUUUGAGAUGUUUGCCUCCAUCCUAAUGCAACUGAGGUAAAUGGAAGUUUUUUUUAUUUUAUUUUUUACAGUCAGCAACCUUACUGUUUUUAUUAAUAAGUUGACCAUUAUGUUGGUGUUUUACACUACAUGAAAGUUCAGUGCACUUACACAUGUGAUUGACGUUCGUAACUUCAGCCACAUGAGGGCAGCAUUGCACAAACAUG